CCUGUUUUCCUCUUUUCGUAUUGCUGUGGAUGAAGGAGAGAGAGAGAAAAAGAGAGAAAGUGGGUGGGGAGAGAAGCGAGACAGAUGGCAGAGUGGAGAGGCGGCAGCCAGUGCCGGCACUGCCCAGCCUGGGCGGACCCAGCUCCCUCCGCCUGCCAGCUCUCCAAAUGCCACCCUUCCCCCAUCCUCCCCUCUCCCCAUCCCCCCAGCUUGGCACUGAUCUCGGGGAGAGAGAGGGAGGGAGGCUGGGCAAAGAGCAUCUGUUCCCUCCAUUCUCCCAGCUCCAUCGGCUGCCAACCUAGGGCCAUCGUCUGCCUCCAUCACCCCUCCGCCCGCCCGCCUACCCACCCAAUCCCAAACGGGUGCUGGAUCAGGUGCUGAAUCCGGCUGCCUCCUCGGGUACCAGUCACUGUGCAUUGCUGUGUGUCUGCCACCGCUGCCUGGCACUCAUGGGGCCGUGUGUGUAUGUGUGUGUGCGCGCAUGUACAUGUACGCAUAAGCGUGUGCUGUAUGUGAGCCUCCUGGGCAUGUGUGGGGGUUGGCAUUGCGGUUGCCAAUCUAGUGUCCAACCAGAAGGACAGAGGGAUGGAGUGGAAGAAGGAGGGGAGAGGCUUGGGGUCUGGGAGGGGAGAAGAGGGUGCAUGAGUUGCUUCAUGCUGCCUGCUUACAGGCAUUGGCAUUGCAGCUGCCACCCUUGUGCCCACGGAGAUGGGAGGAGGCGAGUGGAGGGCACAGCGGCAGGAGUCCUAUGCUCUGGGAGGGAGGCUUUGUACAUGGGAGCUGUUGGCAUCACAUAUGCAUGGGGAGUGGAGCGACAGACGGAGAGUGGCAUGAGGACACAAAGGAGGAAGCACACCAUUGCCAAGACCCCAAGGAAGAAGGAUGGAAAGCGCUGGCAGUCCUGCCUGGCCCCCAGCCAGUUCCCUGCUGAAGAUGGCCAGAUCCCCUUGUCUGGUGUGCCUGCACAGGAGACAGCACCGGCCAAGCUGAUCGUGUAUCUACAGCGUUUCCGGCCUCAAGACUAUCAGCGCCUGCUAGAAGUGAACAGCUCCAGAGAGAGGCCACAGGAGACUGAAGAUCCUGACAACUGCCUGGGCUAGGGGUGUCCCUUCCUAGAAGGGGAAGGGAACUCUGGGUCUAACGGAGUCCACUCCUGGGCCCACUGUGCCUCUCCCCUCGGUGUCCCUUCUGACAGUUGACUCCUUUCUUUCCAGCUCUGCCUGUUUCUUCCCCCUUCUCUAAGCUAGUCUUCCUUGAGCCCUCCCUGGCUGCUUCCUCUCCCUCAUCCGUCAGAUGCAAUCUGUGGGCCGCCCCUCUCCCCUGGCCGCUAAGCAGCCUCCAUUGAUUUCCGCUCGUGUUUAUAGGAUUUCCACUUAGCCGUGAUCAGUAGUUAAGCACAGGAAAAUCCCUUGCCACCCCCCACCCCUUGGUCGAUGCCAUUGAUUCUGCCAGCAGCUCCUAAACCACCUUACAGCUGAGUUAGAAGAUGAGGGGAGGCAGCACGGAUUUCCCUGCCUUGGGGUGUGGGAAACAGAAGCAAGUUGAGGAAAUGGUUGGGAAUCCCUGUUAGAACUCUAGAAAUUCUUUUUUUUUUUUUUUUUUGAGACAGAGUCUCGCUCUGUCGCCCAGGCUGGAGUGCAGUGGCGCAAUCUCGGCUCGCUGCAAGCUCUGCCUCCUGGGUUCACGCCAUUCUCCUGCCUCAGCCUCCCGACCAGCUGGGACUACAGGUGCCCGCCACCACGCCCGGCUAAUUUUUUUGCAUUUUUAGUAGAGAUGGGGUUUCACCAUGGUCUCGAUCUCCUGACCUCGUGAUCCGCUCGCCUCGGCCUCCCAAAGUGCUGGGAUUACAGGCGUGAGCCACCGCGCCCGGCAGAACUCUAGAAAUUCUAAUCUGAUUUUGCCACUGUGCCUAGCUCUGGCCCAGAGGGUAGAGUGCCUCCUGUGGAAGUUUAGGGGCAAAUUUGUUCCCUGAUCUGGAGAGGGUUAGAAAGAACCAACAGCUGCCCCCUCCAAGCCUCCGUGUUGAGACAGGUUCUCAAGGCUCAGGGGAAGAUGCAUACCUCCUAUGUAAGAAUGUUUUUCCCUUGCUGUUAUUCAUACACACUUUCCACUUCAAAUAUACCCAAAUAUGGCUUUCCUCCCC